GACUGGCACUUGUUCAACCGCGGAGAGUGGCCUGACCCUGGCAUACUGAAAGUUCCUGAUGAUAUUCAAACCCUGCGUGCCGAAGAAGAACCGCCAUUUCAUCGAGUACCGUUAGACGAAUGGGAUGAAGCACGCGGACUAAGUCUCGACGUGAGGCAUUACCCAAUUUACGAAGAGUUCUACAACUCGACAUUACUGGAUCCGGGCGUACAUACACCCCAGUUCAAUUUGUCGGCGCUGCCUUUCUCUCCCGGUUACUACCCACGCCGCGACCGUCUCGGACUUCUCUACGGCUCCGCUCGCAUAUUUGACACGUGGCCAUCAUGGGCAGAAGGAUUUGAUUUACGAGUGGAAGAGGCUACUAAUCUUAUUCGCAUACCCCAAACAGGUCACUGGUAUCAGAAGCUCUAUCUCGGUCCAUUACCUAUCACAACAGGAUGGACGAUGGGGUCACUUAUUAAAGCAUUUUCAGCACAACGCUGUCCAGGGCAUCAUGCAGUCGUCGCUUUAAAACUGCACGCUGGCCGAAGGACAGGCAGCAGCAGCAGCAGGGGCAGCAGCAGGCGCAGCAGCAGGAGGGCGAAGGCAGCAGCAGAAGCAAUACCAGCGCCAUAUAUAACACAACUUCCAGGUGUACGUGAAGAUCUUCUCGAGAUUGCGCUCAAUUUGAAAGGGGUUGCCUUUCGUACAAGAGAAGCACAAAAGUCGGGACGUGUGCGAGUACGUGUGGUGGGUCCACGAGUGCUGCAUGCGGGAAUGAUCAAAUGGCCUUCGUUUGUAGCUGUAGCAAAUCCCGAGCACUUUCUAGCGAAAGUUGAAAAGGGAGGCAUACUCGACUUGGAGAUGAAGCUCGAAUGGGGUCGCGGAUGCUGGCUAGCCGACCUUCACGGCCUGUACAGAGAAGAAGAAGGCGUUGAUAGCCGAUGUUUCAAAAGAAGGAGGAUUUGGGAAGUUGACCACUUGGGUUUUUAUCCGACGAGUUGUCUGUUUGGUUGCUGCACAAUGAUGCGGGUUGCCGUCCACAAGCUACUCGGCACUCGCUUCUGUCAGGAUCGUCAAGAAAGCACUAACCCUACUGAGCAGUUGGUGUUGGAGAUAUGGACUGAUCGAUCGUCCACACCCAAACAACUGCUAGCCUUUGCACUACAAGACCUCCUUGCCUGGCUGUUGCAUAUGCGUGAGCAGCUAGUACGUGAUGCUGACUUCGAAGCUGAAGAAGAAGACCUUAGGGCGACGUGGAAGAAUAUAGAGGCAUGGCAUGCAGCUCGAAGGCAGCAAGAGCUUCUUGGCGGGCCUCCGCUGGUCGUACUCGAAGAAGCUGGUGGUGAAGCCAAGUUGGAUCCCGGACCCGCGGGGAAGUCGUUCUCCAUGCCCCACAACCGACCACCGCCCUGUCCAGUGCACCCUGUUGCGUGGCUCAAGCAGCAGCUCGCUGAACAUCCGUACGACGCCGACAAUUACUCUGACGUGUUCCCUCCUAGAAAGCCUGCAAAGGAGUCUGCAGGCACCAAAUCUUUGUCAUCUCCUUCAACUACGUCUUCUGCGUCUGCUUCCCACCCCAUGUAG